AAAGAAAAUAGUAUUUCCUUGUAAGAUAUAUCCGCCUAGAAUCAUCGCAUAUAAGGUACCUUCCUACCAUUAAAUUUAUGAAAAAGAUUUGUGUCAGCCAGGGAUCCUUGCCCCGUUGUAUCUUGAUCGUGAGCUUACCCCGGAGUCCUAGCUCUCCACAUUGACUCGUACCUUGAUUGAAUCACCACACCAGAUCCUCUUAAGCUCUGGUUAAUUUCACAACUAUGAACCCAUGUGAUAUACUUUCAAGGAUACAUGAGUGCUGCGAAUAGCAGCUCUAUGGCUCUCUCUCAAACACCAAGCUCCACUGGUCUUCAAAUGAUAGGCGACAGAGACUUGGAGUCCGUAUUUGCGAUGACUUGCAAUAACUACUGGCUGAAUACGGCAGAAAAGAUGCUGCCGGGGCUGAUACACUGAGUAGGUAACCUAUCUAUAUCUUUAGAUGCCUACCUAGAACUGCCUAUAUAACCGCAUGGCACUGGCAGACUUGAUCCGACAGUGUCAGCUUGACUUUUUCGGAAGCUUCCUAUCCAUCCCUAUCACAUCAGCAACAACAGUAACGAUAACUGUCAUCUUUACAAUCUCGCCACCUAUAAACAAGAAAAGAACAAACCAAAACAUGGCUCUCUCGCGAGCUGAACUCGAGUCCAUCGUGGCCGUUCACGUUCGAGAGCCCCUUCCAGCCGACACCCUCACGGCCGCUUUCAACUCCAAACCUUUCAUCUCUACUGAAUCGAUCAUCAACCUCCGCGAUCUGGGUGCUGUUCCUGGCAGCGCCAUACGUCCUGGGCAUAUCUUCCGUUCUGGUAUGCUUGACGCCGCCGCCGCCGACCCAGAAGCUAUGGCCUGGCUCACUGCCAAUGUCAAAACUGUGUUUGAUCUUCGCAGCGAGGAAGAGCGAGCUACGUAUCCCAGUCCAGAAAUAACCGGUGUCAAGUUUGUCUUCUGCGAGCGUGUUGCUGAAUACCCUCAGCCUGGUCCCGCCGACUUUGCUGUUGAUGAUGGCAGAACUGCUUGGAGGGAGCAGCUGAUGGCUGUCAUAGCGGCGUACAAACCCUCUAUCCGAGCAGUCCUCGAACACGUGAGGGACAGACCGAACGAGCCCUUUCUCUUUCACUGCACUGCUGGCCGUGACCGCACAGGCGUCGUGGCAGGGCUCCUGCAGACCCUUGCCGGCACAAAGCAAGAAGACGUCAUUUUCGAUUACAUGCUAUCACGGAUCGGAAUCGAGCCAGCCCGCGAGCGUCUACUCGUGUUCAUCUUGGCAAACAUUGACGUGAGGGGCACUGAGGAGCCUGGCUUUUGGAACAUGGUUAGCCUACGCCCGAGCUUUUGGAAGGCCUUUGGUCAAGGUGUUGAAGCCGAGUAUGGAGGAUGGGGUGGCUACGUGAAGGGCCUUGGGUUCUCAACCAAGGAUCUGGAGACCAUCAAGAAGAACUUGCGGGCUUAGCGAUGCCAUGGCCGAUGCCACCUACUGAAGGCUGGGCAGAGUCGUAUUGGAAAUGGUUCAAGUUGGCUAGAAUGAGGUGUUCCACCGUACAAUGUUACGAUCUCUAUUGCGUCUAUGCUAGGAUACGUUGAGUUGAUCACAUAUAUGGCUCGAUACCGCGACCUAAGGGACCUAAGCACGUUGGAAAUAUUGGAUAUUCCCUUCUAGGUAAUCCUGUCAUGGUUGAUCUUCCUGCCCAUCUCGAUCUUGCUCAUCAUCAUCAUCAUCAUUUCAUCUCGAAAUCUCACUUGGAUGGACAAGAAAUGAUAAGUCCUAUUAAUAGACGUAACGAUAACC